UUCAGAACCGUACAGCAAUAAAGUGUCAGUAACGAAAAAACAUUUCUUUAAACAAAUAAAAUUUUAUUAAUUAAAAACAACAACAAUGAACUUUAAUAAAAUAUUGCUUUUCUUUGCUUUGAUUUUGUGUGCUUUUGUGACUCAAAGUCAAGGUGGUUGGUUGAAAAAGAUUGGCAAGAAAAUUGAACAUGUGGGUCAACAUACUCGUGAUGCUACCACACAAACUAUUGGUGUUGCUCAGCAGGCAGCUAAUGUUGCUGCAACUUUAAAGGGUUGAUUGAAAUAUUUAAAAUUGUAAUAGAUUGUGUAGUAUUAAUAAAUAAUUUAAAUUAGUUAUUUAAGUAAAUAUUAAUAUAAAUAUUAAAUAUUAAGAAAAUUUAUAAUUAUGUUCAAAAUAUAAAUAUUUAAAAAAUUUA